GGUAAUUCAUGAAGAGCUUAUUUUUUGAAAAUUGAAAAAAAAUAUGAAAUUAUUUCAGAAAUGGAGGAAUUAAAGUACAUGUUGUUCCAUGCCAGUCUCGAACUGGACCGUUUGAGGGCCGAAGCGGCGGAGGGAAGGGAGAGGAACAGAGAGUACGCCAAACAGCUGAUCCAUCUCCUGAAGAUCACUUGCAAAGAGAGAGACGAAGCGAGGGACGACCUCCAGAAGCUCCUCGCCGCCGGGAUGAUGGCGUCGUCGGAGUCGAACGCCGCCGGUUUCUCCGACCGACGCUCCUCCUCCGUCGAGUCGCUUCUGGACGCCGUCUCUCCUCCUCCUCCGCGCGAAGGUGGGGAAAUGUGGGGAGGAAUAAUGGAGGGCCUCGGGGAGGGGAAACCCCUCCCGCAGAACGGGAAGUUUCUCCAGGCGGUGCUGGAAGCCGGCCCGCUGCUUCAGACGGUCAUGGUGACGGGCCCGCUUCCGCGGUGGCGCAAUCCGCCUCGCCUGGUGUCACUCCCCGUCCCUCCCGCGGUCCCCAUCAAGGGUGAGAAUUUGUGUGGUCAAAGGUUGGCACCAAAUCCGAUGUUGGGUUUUGACAGUUUUGGAGGGCAUUAUGGUCAUCUAGGAAAGCGGCAGAGAUUGCAUUGAAGAACCUGAAAUAACGUUGCAUGGUUUCUCAGUAGUUUUUUGUGUGUGUGUGGAGAUUAUCGAAGAUAGUACUUGAGAUUUAGUUACUCUAAUAUUUAGCCAAUUUGGCAAUGAAUUCCAAGAUUUAUG